AAAUUAUUCACUUCCGCUGAUUUUGUAGAUCUGGUUCAUGAUGAUACCGUAAAAGACGUUUUUAUUAAAUUUUAUAGAAAAGGAAUUUUAAAAAUUUAUCACAAAAUUAUUAUGAAUCAGCUAAACUUUGAAGCGAUUAACAAAGCUCAAGUUCUCCUGAAACAUGAAAAUCUUUCAUCAAUCUACCAUGAAAAUGAAAAUAAUAAUUCCGAGGGAUCCCUGAACAAUCUUCUGAGUAAUAAUGUCGACUUAUUUUGGAGUGCUAUGCAUCAAUGUUUCCAUUUAACUGACAUCAUUCACUAUCAUUUCACACAUUUCAAUCAUUCCCUACCCAUUGUUAUAGGUGGUGGUGAUGGCGAGUACAGUGGAGUGGAACUACAAUCCCUGUACAACUGGUGUAAUCUAGGCAAAUCAACUUGGUUUAUAAAUAUAUUCACUAUAAUGCAUAAUAAUUCAUGGCAAGCUAAUUUCUCUCUUAACCUACAACAGUAUUUAUUACCAGUCCUCUUGUUGGUCAAUUGUUUCAGCCUAAUUACCUCAAUAUCUGGCGUUUAUCAACUCUAUACUCUGUCGAGUAAAUCAAAUCAAAAAGUUAUGAUCUUAAUGCAACACCAGUCAAUUGUACGAUGUUAUCUCCCUGCGACAUGGCCACUUAUUUUAUCCUAUUGUAUAUUUGGUUUAUUAUGGUUAAUAUUAGUACUUGGCUUGAAUAUGAUCACAAGUCAAUUUUCGAGCACAGCUAUCAGUCUGCACAGUCAUGAUUUCUAUUGUCGUACAGUUACUUACAUGACAAAUAUUUUAAGAUAUAUACCAACCUGGUUAAUUGGAUUAAUGCUGUGUGAUCGAGCUAUCGGUGAAUAUAGGAAUCGACAUUAUCUUUAUGAGAGACAAAUGAGUCGUCAGCGUAUAAUGCGUCGACGAAUUCCUAAUGCUGUCAGUGAAGGCGCGCACAAUGAUGAUUAUGAUGACGAUGUUGGUGUGGACGACGAUCUAGACAAUUGUACCAGUGAGACGAGGGUACAGAAAUGUGAGAGGACAAAAGACAGAUUAAUUUUACCUAAAAUUAUAUACAACAAUACAAGUGAUGCGCUGUCUUACACGGAAUCAAACAGUCAGCUGCAAUUAGACAGUGAAGCUGAUUGCCAUUCUGGUCAAAGAAACAUACAAAAACUACACAAUCAAAAGAGAUCUAACUUCUUAUUAUUCAGAAACUUUUAUUGUUGUUGUUGUAGUAACAAUGACGAUCAUAUUCGAUGCGUAUUUCAUGGAAUUAAACGAAUCUCAUAUGAUGCAAGCACCCUAUAUGCCAGCGAUGCCAGUGUACACAAGUAUUUAUCAAAAAACGACCCGAAAGCUACAUUCCACUCACAGUCGCAUAGUUAUGAACAGUUGUUAAAGGAUGUAUGCAAUUGGAAAGAAUGUGGAUUAGGUCGUGUCGGUGGAUUAGUGCUACUCAGUAUUCUAACAGCUCUAAUCUGUUUGAUCAAUACUCACCUAUUAUGGUUAUAUAAAAUUGGCAAAUCCAGUAAACGUUGUAUGCUGUCAGCUGGUGAUGCUAUCAUCUUGUCAUAUUUUUAUCCGUAUUUGUUAAAAAUAUGUCAUUCAAUCCUACCUCAUAUAUUGAUAUUCAUUUCUUAUGUGCUUCUUGGCUAUACAGCAUUGAGAAAAGGUCAUAUUCUGAAGACAGCGCUGACAAAUAUGCCACAGUCAAGAGUGCUAAGAACACCAACUAUGCUCACCUCACGAGAAGUUGACCAAACUACUACAUCGACCCCAACAGCAACAACAACAACAACUCGAAGGACACCCAUUAAACCUCAGAGAAAGAAACUCUACCAUUCUUUGUUCACGGAACCAACACAACUAGUUAUAUACUUGGGAAUUAUAAAUUUUGCUUUUGAAUUUGCAGAAAUUAUAGAAUGGUUCUACAUGGAAUUUAUAAUGAGUAAUAUUUUCCAACCGAUUACAAACCAUUUCGAGCCAAAUUUCAUAUUCAACGGUAAUAUUACCACUUUUAUGGACAGUGCAAAGACCAGGGAGAAUGAUAUUAUUAACAAUAGUAUUAAUAAUAAUAACAGUAACAAUAUAAAUAUGAAUAUUCCUAUGAACAAUACUCUACUACUCCAGAAUGUAUUGCACAGUAGUAAAGGACUCACAGAAUCAAUGGAGCGAAUGUGUUCAUACCAUUUAACCACUGGUUUAUUAAGAAUAUGGGCUAGUCAACGUUUUAUGCUUACACUGCCGAUAUUAUUCUUCAAUUCAGUAAAAUUUCGACAUGUUAUUCAAUACUUUUUCAGGUAUUACAUUCAAACAUUGAAAAUUCAACAUUUGUUUAAAAUAAGCUUCAAGGCGCAAAAUUCAAAUUUUCAAAAUCCAUCAAUAAAAUUAAUGAAUUCUUCAAAUAGUAAUCAUGAUAAUCAUAAUACUACUACUACUAUUAAUAAUAAUAAUGACAUUAAAGUGAAUGACACUUUAAACACUGACAAAGAUGAUAUUGACAUUCAGGGGAAUCAAAAAACCUAUGAACAUGGUACUGGGAAUGAGAUGAAGAGAAUUCCAAGACUGUAUUGUUGUUCAUGUAUUACACAACCGGUAAUCAUGAAUGAUGUCAGUGGGCGGUGAUAUAGACGAAACGUUGUAAAGAAAAUAUUCCUAGAAUAUUCUUAUUAUAAUAUAUUGUAUAUUCUGCGUGAAUUUGAAUGAGUAUAACCUGGGAG